AUGUCAUGUUCAAAAAUAUUUUCAGGAAAUUUUCCCGAAUUAACUUAUGAAAUUAUAAAAUAUUUUCAAAAUGAUUUUUUAACUUUGCAUUCAUGUAUUUUAGUUAACAGAUUAUGGUGUCGUUUAGCAACUCCAUUAUUAUGGGAAAAUCCUUUUUCAAUUCAUACUGAAAAUUAUAAUUAUAUUGAAAUUUACUUACAAUAUUUAAAUGAUGAUUUUAAAGCGAAAUUAAAAGAAUAUAAUAUUAUUAUUAAUUCAUUACCUUCAAAUACACUCUUCAAUUAUUCUAGUUUUUUAAAAUAUUUGAAUAUAUCUAAGUUUAUUUCUUCUGUUAUAAAUUGGCUUGAAGCUACUAAUGAAACUUCAAUCUAUUCUGAUUUUAUAAGAUUAACAUCUGAUAUAUGUUUAUCAUUAUUGAAAAUAUUUAUUGAAAAUGAAGUAAAUUUAAAUGUUCUUGAAAUUGACUUCAAAUAUACUCCUUAUAAGAUAAAUUUAGAUGAUAUUCUUGAGUUAAUUUUACAGAAUACAAAUUUCAUUCACAAUAUUAGAAAUUUAAACCUUUAUAUUGUAGAAAAUAAGGAACUUAAACAUCGUAUAUUACCAAUAAUUGAGUUACAUCAAAACCUUAAAAAAAUUUUAUUAGAUAAUAGUUUUUUUUCAUAUCAAUCAUUAUUGUUAUCAAAAGAUUAUAAUUGUUCAAACACCUUAAGUACAAUUAUUUUCUUUUACGUUGACUUUGAAGGUAUAAUCAAUUUAAAUAGAAUAUUUGAACAAUUAAAUGUUUUAGAAUCCGUUCAUAUAAUUCAUUGUUCUUCUUUAAAUACUAGUUUUACUCAACAAAUUAUUAAUUUAACUAAACCAUUUAAAUUAAAGUCUUUAUUUAUAGAAAAUAUAGAAGAGUUAUCAGAAAUUGAAUCAUUACAAUUAUUAAUACAAAAGUCUUGUGAUUAUUUAGAAAAUUUUGGGUAUGAUUGCGGACUUAUUUAUCCACAUGAGCUAAAUACUGGGAUCCCUCAGGGAAUACAUCAAUUAUUAGAUUUAAUUAUGAUACAUUGUAAAAAUAUCAAAUUUCUUGAUCUGGAUAUAAAUGAUAAUCGGAUUAUUUUUCCAGCACUCAAUUUAAUUGAAAAUAUUAAACAUAAUCUUAAUUAUCUUUCAAUCGAUAUAUAUGAUAAUAUUAAAGAAAAUAAUUCAUUUGUAAUACAAAGAUUAGGAGAAAUUAUUCCUUUUAAAUUAGAAUAUUUGCAUUUAUAUCUUUAUUACAUUGAAGCAUGUGAUUUUGAAGUAUUUUUAAAAAGUUCUCAAGAUACAUUUAUUAAGAAACUAUUGAUCAAUAACUUUAACUUUACUGAAGGUCAAGAUAUUUUACCCUCUAUAAAAACAUAUAUCAUGAAAAAGAGAAGGGUUAAGUAUUUAGCUAUUAAUGGUGCUUUCUUUAGAUCUGAAUUCGUUAGUGAUGAAUUGUUUUCAUUGAAAGACGAAGUGAAGGAAUUUAUGUUGUAUGAUAUUAAAGUGCAAAGUUAUCAUGACUCAAUAAUUAACUUGUAUGAUUAUAUGAAAGAAGUUAAUUAA